CUCACGUUGUAAAAAAAAAAGGGAAAAAAAAGGGGAUCGUCAGCCGAUCGAAGGGAGUCUGUUGGCUCCCUGACGCGAGCCAAGAAUCUAUAGAUAUAUAGAACCCGAGACGGAAUCAUUGUUUGAGGACGCUCUAAAGGACUUUUGUGAACGCUUCAGGGACGGUGGCAGUUUAUUUUCGGUACACCAGGAGCAGUGUGGUAGCCAGCUGUCCCAAAUUGAGUGUUUUCUGGCUUUGAUGCGACCCGAGUGUGCCUGGAGCAUGUCCACAGUGGGCCUGACUGCCCAGGAGACAUCUUUUCCCGUAGAACACCACUUCCUGCGGGGCGGGUACUGUCGUCACAGCAUGGCCGGAUCCAAACCAUCAAGGAACUUUCGCCACGAGCUGGACUUCUACUUUAAUCUGAAAUCUGCACACGCAGAUCACAGCUCUCAUGGCCAGCAGAAGGGUCCGCCAACUCUAAGUUACGAGAGACACAAACACGGCUACAGCACACAGAAGUUACCUCCAAAGACGUCCCGGCCUUCCCACCUCUCCCUGUCCUGCGCCUCUGAACCCUCCACCCCAAGUCCGGCCAAUGACGACCAGGUGGUCCCCUCAUUCCAAAGGCUCUCCGUGUGUAGCAGUCCGCCGCAAACCCCCGACAGGUGCUCCAAGCCUCUCCCCCCCAUCCCGCCGCACAGGAACAUGUCAGCCGAGCAGGCCGUGGACAACGAGGUGGAGUUUUUUCCCAGUGCGGACGAGAGCUGCUGCCUGGUAUCACAUCAGUAUUCCAAACAUUCCGGUCGAAAGAGCUUCAGGGAAUGCGGGCAGUACAACCUCGCUUACUACGAUGGACCCGUCGCGCCGCAACGCCCAAUGCCUCAGCAGCUGCCGCAUCCGGCGCAGCCCCCGCAGCAGGAAGUGAGUCAGGAGCACCAAGUGGUCUGUCAGAGACCACAGGACAGAACUCAGAGGAAACUACGGCGCACUCAAUCCGGACCAGCCGGAUACAAACACUCUCAACUGCGCCUCCCCUGCCACUACACCGCGGACAGGUCGGCGAUUCCUCCCCCCGUCCCGCCGCGGACAAGCAAGACGGCGGACCCUCGCCGCUGGUCAGCCGAGGUGUCGUCCGGGGCGUACAGCGACGAGGACCGACCGCCCAAGCUGCCCCCGAGGGAGCCCUUCCGCACCCCCGGCCUCCCCAAGUACUUCAACGGCGUCAUGCCUGCGACCCAAAGCUUUGCACCGGACAAAAACUACGUCAGUCGGGGUUUACAGAGACAGAACAGCGAGGGCUCCCCUUGCAUCCUGCCUAUCAUAGACAACGAGGGGAACAAGGACAGCAACACUCACUACUACCUUCUGCCGGAGCGGACCGACUUUGUGGCCUACCCUUGCCCGGAAAAGCUACUGCAGGCCAUGAGAAGCCCGUCGGCUCGGAAGGCGGACGUAUCGGACUCGGAGUGGGGCUGCCACACGAGGAGGAAAGCACACGUGGAUCUAGUUUGAACUGCUGCUCUUUUUGUUUGAAGCCGUUAUGUAUUGUACGACACCAGGGUACCCAGGUAUCCUGAGGUUGCGUUCGGCGUUUUCGAACCUGUGUUUGAUGUCAUGUUGGCAGUACGGUGUGAAAGGUGCAAGCGGGCCUUGAACCUCCCACAGUUCAGUGUUUUAGCGUCUGGAAGGUUGAGGAAGUUCAGUAUGUUCAGUGUCGGGCUUGUAUUUGUUUUAAAACGCUGCUUUUGUGCCUCACCAGGGACACAAUGUGACACCUAAUCUAUCAAGUAGGGAUGGGCGUGGUAAUUGAUUGCUGAUUCAUCCAAUCAAUUAAGGCAAAGUGGAGUGCAGUACUCGGCCGCAACCAGCAGAGGCGCUGUUUGGAAUCAGUCGCAACUCGGAAAGUCAUGGAAAAAAAUAAAAUAGUUGAAUUACCCUCAGCUCAAAGCCCAUCCCUCAGAUAUGACGAUUGUAGGGUCAAAUGAAGGAUUUUAGCACACAAAUAUCUACUAUAUGUUUUUUAAUCGAUACAACACCAUUUAAAUUUUUGUCAAGUGCAGCUUCUGUAGCGUCCUCUCACACAGACCCUGUAAAACAGACGCCUCAGAGCCGUGGCAGCCAUCACAGAGGCCGAAAGACAUCUCUUUCACAUAAAUUAUGUGAAAUAGCCGCAUCAGAGUUGUGCCUUUCACACAGAUUCCGUAAAAUAGCCGCAUCAGAGUUGUGCCUUUCACACAGAUUCUGUGAAAUAGCCGCAUCAGAGGUGUGCCUUUCACACAGAUUCUGUAAAAUAGCCGCAUCAGAGUUAUGCCUUUCACACAGAUUCUGUGAAAUAGCCGCAUCGGAGGUGUGCCUUGCACACAGAUUCUGUGAAAUAGCCACAUCAGAGUUAUGCCUUUCACACAGAUUCUGUGAAAUAGCCACAUCAGAGUUGUGCCUUUCACACAGAUUCUGUGAAAUAGCCACAUCAGAGGUGUACCUUUCACACAGAUUCUGUCAAAAAGCCGCAUCAGAGUUGUGCCUUUGACACAGAUUCUGUAAAAAAGCCGCAACAGAGUUGUGCCUUUCACACAGAUUCCGUAAAAUAGCCGCAUCGGAGUUGUGCCUUUCACACAGAUUCUGUGAAAUAGCCACAUCAGAGGUGUGCCUUUUACACAGAUUCUGUAAAAAAAAGCCGCAUCAGAGUUGUGCCUUUCAUACAGAUUCUGUCAAAAAGCCACAUCAGAGUUGUGCCUUUCACACAGAUUCUGUAAAAAAGCCGCAACAGAGUUGUGCCUUUCACACAGAUUCCGUAAAAUAGCCGCAUCGGAGUUGUGCCUUUCACACAGAUUCUGUAAAAUAGACUCAUCAGAGCCGUGGCAGUCGAUGCCUUUCACACAGAACACAACAAAGAGGCUUUUUGAAGCAACCGUAAAUUUAUCACACAGCAAAAGCGCAACAGCGUCAACAGGACAGGAGAAGAAUUACGAUGUGCACAGGCGCUGUCCUGCUGCCUCUGUUAGGGCUCUUCUGCUACUUUUGAAUGCAGAGCUCUUGCAAAAUUGACCAAUCAAAGCUGUAAGAGAAGUAUGCUGCCUCUCGUAAGAUGAUGCAAAAUACUUGUUGUACAGCAACAAAUCCUUUCAACACAAAAAGGGCGGGAGAUGUGAAUGUCCAGCCAUUGCGGAAUACACUAUUUACACAGGUCUUCUGUUACGUACCUCUGAUGUUGGAAUGAUGGUUGGGGGACUUAGUCCUUCAAUUAUGUGGUGACGUAUAUACAGAGCAGUGGUCUGGAAAAAAGACAAGCUUUUACAAGCUGUGUGAAAGGGUCUUCUGCGAAAUGGGUGCAUCAGAGCUGUAACAGUCUGGCAUUUGCUUUUUACCUGUGCGCUUUCACGUAGCGACAAGACGAUCAGAUUACGGAAUAUAUAAAAUAACAAAGUGUCUCGCUAGUCGGGUACCCGCUAUUUAAACAAGUCUUUUCCCGGCUUUGUUCCUGCUCUGUUACUACUACUCUCAAAGUCAAUCUGCGAAAAGGUACAUGCCAACUUUAUAAAAGGGGCCAUAGAGAUCCUAGAAAAUCAGAGCUGUAACAGAAUCUCAGGAAUUUACUUUUUACUUAGAACCUGGCGAAACCAGACAUGUUUUCUUUUCACACAGCAACAUGUCUUUGUGCAGUGAGAAUUGCUUUCAAAACAGUAGUGAGCGAGUUGCAGGAACUAAACAUCUCACCUGUAUCCAGCAACAGGCAUCGUCCUGGAUUUGUUACGGCUCUGAAUCGAGUGUUGGUGCCUUUUAUACAGAACAGCAACCCGCAAAAAGGCAGAAAGAUGGCGGCUUCUCCAGGCUGUGUGAAAGAGGCUGUAGAGAUCCCGUGAAUUGACACAUCCUAGCUAUAACAAAAUAUUGGGCUUUUACUUUUUACGCAGAACCCAGCAAAACAAGAUAUUUCCACAUAGUUACACACACCCCGGUCUCCUUCCUCCUCUGAUACUACUAGUCCAAAGGCAACCCACAAAAAGGCAGUCUGUGUAAAAGGGGUUGUGAAUCGACACAUCAGAGUUAUAACAGGGGAUCUGGCUUUUGCUUUUUACACAAAAACAAGAUAUUUCUGCAACACACCGCGGUCCCCGUCAUGCUCUGAUUCUACUACUCAAAAGUCAACCCACAAAACCGCAGAACGAUGGCGGCUUUCACAGUUUGUGUAAAAGGGGCUGUCGAGAUUUGGAAAACUCAGAGGAUCCUGCACUUUCUUUUUACACAGUUCUAGUUCUAGUGAAUUUACGGUCCAUGUGGUCUCGGUUACGGCUCUGACUCUACGGCACCAAAGCCGGCACUUUUUGUAGGGCGACUUUGAGGACAGUUUGUAGAGAAUCGCAAACCAGAAAGAAGACCAGGCGGAAAGAUGGUGGCUUUCCCAGGCUGUGUGAAAGAGGCUGUACAGAUCCUGCAAAUUGACACAUCAUAGGCAUAACAAAAUAUUGGAUUUUUGCUUUUCACGCGGAACCCCACAAAUCAAGAUAUUUUCACGACCGCGUGGGUGCGCUUUCACAUAGUUACACACCCCGGCAACCCACAAAAAGGCAGUCUGUGUAAAAGGGACUGUGAAUCGACACAUUAGAGUUAUAUCAGAGGAUCUGGCUUUUGCUUUUUACGCAAAAACAAGAUAUUUCCGCGACUGUGCGCUUUCACACAGCAACACAGCUUCUGAUUCUACUACUCCAAAGUCAACCCACAAAAAUGCAGAACGAUGGCGGCUUUCACAGUUUGUGUAAAAGGGGCUGUGGAGAUUUGGAAAACUCAGAGGAUCCUGCACUUUCUUUUUACACAGUUCUAGUUCUAGUGAAUUUACGGUCCAUGUGGUCUCGGUUACGGCUCUGACUCUACGGCACCAAAGCCGGCACUUUUUGUAGGGCGACUUUGAGGACCGUUUGUAGAGAAUCGCAAACCAGAAAGAAGGCCAGGCAGAAAGAUGGUGGCUUUCCCAGGCUGUGUGAAAGAGGCUGUACAGAUCCUGCAAAUUGACACAUAGUUAUAACAAAAUAUUGGAUUUUUGCUUUUCACGCAGAACCCAGCAAAUCAAGAUAUUUUCACGACCGUGUGGGUGCGCUUUCACAUAGUUACACACCCCGGCAACCCACAAAAAGGCAGUCUGUGUAAAAGGGGCUGUGAAUCAACACAUUAGAGUUAUAUCAGAGGAUCUGGCUUUUGCUUUUUACGCAAAAACAAGAUAUUUCCGCGACUGCGCUUUCACACAGCAACACAUCUUCUGAUUCUACUACUCCAAAGUCAACCCACAAAAAUGCAGAACGAUGGUGGCUUUCACAGUUUGUGUAAAAGGGGCUGUCGAGAUUUGGAAAACUCAGAGGAUCCUGCUUUUUUGUACACAGUUCUAGUCCUAGUGAAUUUACGGUCCACGUGGUCUCGGUUACGGCUCUGGCCGGCACAUUUGCAGGGCGACUUUGAGGACCGUUUAUAGAGAAUCGCAACCCGGAAAGACGCCCGCUGUGUGAAAGGGGCUAUGUCGAGUGUGAGGUGACUGUAUUUGUUACUUUGUGUGCGUGCGGAGGUGGCGUGAGUGAAUGCAUCCUUACUGAAAUGUGUGUUUUUAAUGUCGUGGUCAAGCUGUGAAGUACUACCUCCCUCCAGAUCCAAUCCUCUAUUUCACGUAGCCCGCCUUUUUAUUGUCUGCUGUACGGCAGUGACAGAUGUCAUGUUGUGUGCAUGGUCUUAAAGCCACACGGGGAGCUUUGUCACAGACUUUCCUGUUCUCGUACAUUCCUGCCUUACAUGAUUGCAGUGGGUGUGGUCUGACAGACUUUGGCUGCUGGCAGCCGAGGGGAAAAAAAAAAAAAAGAAGAAAAAAAAAAAGAAGAUCUUUUUUGAAUUGUAUUUUUAUUAGAGUUGUUGCUCAGCCAAGUUGUAAAUGUAGCACACGUGUUGAAGUUCACUUUGGGCUCACUAAAGGUCAAUUGAAGUCUACUUUGUGUUGUGUUCUUUCCCCCCCGCUCCCGACUUAAAAAGUCCCAACGACAAUAAUGUUUACAUCAUACACUGGUACUAUUUAAUCUUAAAGGUAUUGAACGGUCUUAUGAAAGGAUGACGAAGAAGUGAAGACGAGUAAAAAAAAAAAAAGAAAAAAGAAAAAGGAAUAACCUCUGCUGUGGUGAAGACAUGCACUGGGAGAGUGUCGUAUGCUGUGUACAGUAUUUAACUAUUCCGUUUGUAGUCUUUUUUUUUUUUUUGCAAAGAAAUAAACUUUAUUUAUGAAU